AUGCCGCCGACCAAGCCUGCGGGCGGUAAGAUGAUGGGCCUCAUCAACUACCGUCUCCGCAUCACCAUGGACGAUGGCCGCCAGCUCACGGGCCAGAUGCUCGCCUUCGACGCACACAUGAACCUGGUCAUGGCCGAGACGGAAGAGUUCCGACGCCUAAAGCGCAAGGGCGGCAAGAAGCGCAAGCAGGGUCCGGAGGAGGGCGACGAUGGCGACGACGCCGUGCCCGUGCCCGAGCCGGAGCAGAAGCGCACGCUCGGCCUUAUCAUCCUGCGCGGCGAGAGCAUCGUCUCGCUUAGUGUGGAGGGUCCGCCGCCGGCGGAGAAGACGCCUAGUGGCCCAGGGCUCGCUGCUGGACCUGGUCGCGGCGCUCCGGCUGGCCGCGGCAUGGGUCUUGCCGCGCCUCCGGGCAUGCCGGCUCCCGGCAUGGCUGCACGGCCCAUGGCCUACGCGCGUCCCCCGGGCAUGGGCGCGCCGCCGCCGGGCAUGCCUGGCAUGCCUACAGGCCCACCGCCGGGCAUGCCGGCCGGCUUUGGCCCACCGCCGGGCUUCGGCCCGCCGCCGGGCAUGCCUGCUGGUCCGCCGCCGGGCUUCCCGGGUGCUGGAUUCCAGCCGCCGCCGGGAUUCCCCAUGCCGCCGCGAUAG